AGUCACAACCCAGGCCAAGGUAACGUAGUCACAACCCAGGCCAAGGUAACGUAGUCACAACCCAGGCCAAGGUAACGUAGUCACAACCCAGGCCAAGGUAAUGUAGUCACAACCCAGGCCAAGGUAACGUAGAGUCACAACCCAGGCCAAGGUAACGUAGAGUCACAACCCAGGCCAAGGCAACGUACUGUAGGAUCACAACCCCAACCUGCAGAGCAUUACUCAUUCAACAAAGAAACUGACAGGCUCCAUGUGAAGACUAGCUGACAAAAAAAGUCCAAAUGAAGAUGCUGUGUAUUAACAUCACAUUGUUGUUGAUGUGUGAAUAUGAGUAAAUUCUAACUUGUUUUAAAAUCUCUAUAUUGUACCUCCAUUGAUGAUGACGCAUUGGCAGGAGUGUAGGAGUGUAGGAGUGCAGGGGUGCAGGAGUGUAGGAGUGCAGGAGUGUAGGAGUGUAGGAGUGCAGGAGUGUAGGAGUGCAGGAGUGUAGGAGUGUAGGAGUGCAGGAGUGCAGGAGUGUAGGAGUGCAGGAGUGUAGGAGUGCAGGAGUGUAGGAGUGUAGGAGUGCAGGAGUGCAGGAGUGUAGGAGUGUAGGAGUGCAGGAGUGUAGGAUCUAGGAGUGCAGGAGUGCAGGGGUGCAGGAGUGCAGGAGUGCAGGAGUGUAGGAGUGCAGGAGUGUAGGAGUGUAGGAGUGCAGGAGUGCAGGAGUGUAGGAGUGCAGGAGUGUAGGAGUGUAGGAGUGUAGGAGUGCAGGAGUGCAGGAGUGCAGGAGUGCAGGAGUGCAGGAGUGUAGGAGUGUAGGAGUGCAGGAGUGCAGGAGUGCAGGAGUGUAGGAGUGCAGGAGUGCAGGAGUGUAGGAGUGCAGGAGUGCAGGAGUGUAGGAGUGUAGGAGUGCAGGAGUGCAGGAGUGCAGGAGUGUAGGAGUGUAGGAGUGCAGGAGUGCAGGAGUGUAGGAGUGCAGGAGUGUAGGAGUGCAGGAGUGCAGGAGUGUAGGAGUGUAGGAGUGCAGGAGUGCAGGAGUGCAGGAGUGUAGGAGUGCAGGAGUGUAGGAGUGCAGGUGUUUCAGCCCAGAUUGUCCCUCAUUGUCCUCCUGUCUGUCCACUGGAGGCCAGUUAUGUCACACCUGUCCUACUAACCACCGAGCAGAGCAGGCCUGAUGAUGAUAAUGAUGAUGAUGAUGAUGAUGAUGAUGAUGAUGAUGAUGAUGAAGACAAGGAUAUGCUGCGUCCCAAAUGGCACCCUAUUCCCUUUAUAGUGCACUACUUUUCACCAGGGACCGUCAAAAGUAGUGCACUAUAUAGGGAAUAGGGUGCCAUUUGGGAUGUAGAUAUGGUAUUUUACGUGGUUAUAGCACCCACCCACCUACCUCCUGCCUGCAGCAGCAGUGUAACCUACGUCAGCUGUGAAGUCAGUGUUCGUGUCUGUUCCCAAAAAAGGGAGAAACGUGUGCCUCUGUCGGACCACAGAUUUAAUAGCAGAAAUGAGGUCAAUCUGUUUGCAUCAAAACCAGGGAUUUAAAUAAAAUAUGGAAGUCAUUAUGCUGAAAGGGAGAUGGAUGCUGCCUCCCGGUGGAUGGAUGUUGUCAUUACAUUAACACACAGGCCAAGUCAAUGGUAUAAUGGUCUUGUAUUCUCUGUUUUUGGGGGUUCUUUCUCACUCACUCAUUCACUCACACACUCUUCCAUCCACUCUUUUACUCUCUCAAAUCUCUCUGCCUCCCUCCCUCCCUCCCUCUCUCCCCACCUCCUCCCUCCCUCCCUCCCUCCCUCCCUCCCUCCCUCCCUCCCUCCCUCCCUCCCUCCCUCCCUCCCUCCCUCCCUCCCUCCCUCACUCCCUCCCUCCCUCCCUCUCUCUCUCUCCCCACCUCCUCUCCUCUCCUCCCUCCCUCCCUCCCUCCCUCCCUCCCUCCCUCCCUCCCUCCCUCUCUCCCCUCCUCUCCUCUCCUCUCCUCUCUCCAGGAUCUAGAUGGAGUGGACAUCAUGCUGGGUGUGUGUUCUGGGGGUUUGAUGGUCUACAAGGACAAGCUGAGGAUCAACCGGUUCCCCUGGCCCAAAGUCCUCAAGGUCUCCUACAAACGCAGCAGCUUCUUCAUCAAGAUACGCCCCUCAGAGGUCAACUUUAUUUAUGUGUUUGGUUGUCUUUUAGCCCCCCCCCAAGAGGCCUAAUCGCCCAACAGUCAGAUAUGCAGUGCAAUAAUCAUAAGUCAAAGUUUAGUUACAUGUCAAAUGAAUAGGCUGUAGUGCAGUGCUAUCAUCAUUCAUAUGCUUUUGUCUCCAACAGCUGGAGCAUUACGAAAGCGCCAUUGGUUUCAAACUGCCAAACUACAAGGCCUCCAAGAAGCUGUGGAAAGUGUGUGUGGAGCAUCACACCUUCUUCAGGUAAGAGAACACAAUGUUGACGCUCCCCAGGAUAGGUUCUAUCAUUCUCACUUGUGAAGAACAUCCGAGUUAUUAUUUUAUUGUAUUAAAUGGAGACGGGUCGUAGAUACGUUAUUACAGUAGCAAUACAUGAUUAGUAUGGCUAUAUAGUAGUCACGUAUAGUUUAGUUACUCACAAUGACUAAUAAUGUACGUGGUUGUCUUACCUACCUUAGUUGAAUGCGCUGCUAAAAUGUAAAAAAGUUUAAUGUAGUUAGCUAUAUUUAAAAGCUAAAUUGCCCUCUGUCUCCAUGUCCAGAUUGAUCUCCACUGAGGUGGCUUCCACUCCCAGGAAGUUAUAUAUUAUAGAUAUAGAGUUAUAGAUAUAUUUAUAUAAAUGUUCCUCUGUCUGCCUAAUCUGUCCAGACUGAUCUCCACUGAGGUGGCUACCACUCCCAGGAAGUUCCUAGCGCUGGGCUCUAAGUUCCGCUACAGUGGACGGACCCAGGCCCAGACCCGCCAGGCCAGCUCUAUGAUUGACAGGCCAGCCCCCCUGUUCCAACGCUCGGCCAGCAAGAGGAACUCACGCAGCCUGGACGAAGGUUUGUUGAAUGGGACUGUUGGAGGGGUGUCUGUGUCGAGAGAGAGAGAGAGAGAGAGAGAGAGAGAGAGAGAGAGAGAGAGAGAGAGAGAGAGAGAGAGAGAGAGAGAGAGAGAGAGAGAGAGAGAGAGAGAGAGAGAGAGAGAGAGAGUCUGUAGUGUGCGAGGUGAAACAAACCGACAAAUAGAUUCUGACUCAUCCCUGUUUAAAUCCAGCAAGAGGUAAGUCUUUGUGUUUACUCCAGACCCUCCCAGAGAGGAAAGAAGAGGAUGACUGGUUACCAUAUCAACCACCCAUCUCCGUAGUAACAUUACCUUCAGGGACAGUAACAGUACUGGCCCACUCCAGGGUUUAUUAACCCUCUCUUCACUGGCUUCUUCUCAACCUCUAACACCAAACCGGCUCCAGGCGUGCGUCCGCGCGCACCAUCAUGCGCAUGUUGAUUUUGUCGAUCCCCAGCAGUGGCGAUCAUGACACGCAGGUUAAAAUACCAAAACCAACUGUGAACCAACUAUAUUCAUUUGGGGACAGGUCGAAACACAUGAAACAUGGACAUUUAGCUAGCUUGCUGUUGCUAGUUAAUUUGUCCUGGUAGACAAACAUUGGGUUGUUAUUUUACCUGAAAUACAUAUGGUCCUUUUUUAAAUCUGGAUCUUUGUAGAAUUCGGAACCAUUUUGAGUCACAAAAUCGUGUGUUCUUUACUCCGACAAUUAAUCCACAGAUAAAAGGGGAAACCUAGUUAGUUUUUCGUUUUCUUUGAUUAAUCGCUCCUCGUUCAUUCUUGUGGAUUUUAUAUGGUGGUUGGCAACCAACUUUAAGGUGCGUUACUGCCACCAACUGGACUGGAGUGUGGACCUCAGUUCAUCUUUCAAUCACCCACAUGGGUUAGUAUGCUCAUAAAAACCAAUCAGUAGAUGGGAGAGGCGGGACUUGCAGCGCGUGUAGCGUCUAAAAUAGAACCAAGUUCAAUUUUAGCGCCUGGCUACGCAGACGCCAGUUGACGCGCGAGCAGUUUGGAUGAAAUUAUUGAAUAAUAUGUAUGUGAAACUAUAUUUUUGCAACGGUUGCGUGCGGGUGCUAGCUAAGUCCUACUCCUCUCCUCCUCUCCUCUCCUCUCCUCUCCUCUCCUCUCCUCUCCUCUCCUCUCCUCUCCUCUCCUCUCCUCUCCUCUCCUCUCCUCUCCUCUCCUCCCUCUCCUCUCCUCUCCUCUCCUCUCCUCUCCUCUCCUCUCCUCUCCUCUCCUCUCCUCUCCUCUCCUCUUGUCCUCUCCUCUCCUCUUGUCCUCUGAUCUCUCCUCCUCUCCUCUCCUCCUCUCUCCUCUCUCCUCUCUCCUCUCUCCUCUCUCCUCUCUCCUCCUCCUCCUCCCCUCCUCCUCUCCUCCUGUCCUCUCCCCUCUCCUCUCCUCCUCUCCUCCUCUCCUCCUCUCCUCUCCUCCUCUCCUCCUCUCCUCCUCUCCUCUCCUCUCCUCUCCUCUCCUCUCCUCUCCUCUCCUCUCCUCUCCUCUCCCUCCUCUCCUCUCCUCUCCUCUCCUCUCCUCUCCUCUCCUCUCCUCUCCUCUCCUCUCCUCUCCUCUCCUCUCCUCCCCUCCCUCCUCCUCCCCUCCCCUCCCCUCCUCUCCCCUCUCCUCUCCUCUCCUCUCCUCUCCUCCUCUCCUCUCCGCCUCUCCUCCUCUCCUCCUCUCCUCCUCAUCAUCCUUCUCUCUCUCCGUUAUGUAAUUGCUCUCCAUAACAUCUGUUUUUAUUUCUGCUGACAACAUACGGCAGGCAGGGCACAAGCCAGUGAUUAAGUGUAACCACACAAAACAGCUUCAACGUCUUACUCCCUGUGGGCUCUGGCAGCCUCCACCUGCCACCUAACUGCUGCUGCUAACGCUCUCACACUCAGGGCCCGGUUUCGCCAUAGCGAUGGAAUUCAGGCUUAACGAUCCAUCUUUCCUACAACGGCCGAAGAUGUUACAUGUGUUUCCCAGAACACCACGCAGAAAGAACAUUUGCGACGUGCGUCGUUGGAGCAUGUGUCCAUACUGAUAGGAUCAAAAGAAAGGCAGCGCUGAUCUCAGAUCAGCUUUCUCCAUUCAAAUCUUACCUUAACAUUAGAAUUAUUCCACAAUGCUGACGACGGAUCAGCUCCUAGAGAGAUAUUAUCACCUAAUGGCUGCAAAUAUUGAGUCAGCUUAUUCUAAUGUUUACCCUAUAAUAAUUCACUGAAUCAAAGAUUCAUUUGGCACAUCAUUGUGCAUAUGUUGUUGCACAUAGACAGUGUAGCCUACAAAUAGAACUCAAUUGACUGAACAUUACAUUUAUUUCAAUAUGAUUGAAAUAUACACUGAGUGUACAAAACAUUAGGAACACAUUCGUAAUAUUGUGUUGCACCCCCUUUUGCCCUCAGAACAGCCUCAAUUCGUCGGGGCGUGGACUCAACAAGGUGUGGAAAGCGUUCCACAGGGAUGCUGGCACCAUGUUGACUCCAAUGGUGGAGGACCAUUGUUGAUACACACGGGAAACUGUUCAGCGUGACAAACCCAGCAGCGUUGCAGUUCUUGACACACAAACCGGUGCGCCUGGCACCUACUACCAUACUCCGUUCAAUGGCACUUAAAUCUUUUGUCUUGCCCUUUCACCCUCUGAAUUGCACACACAUACACAAUCCAUGUCUCAAUUGUCUCAAGGCUUAGAAAUCCUCCUUUAACCAGUGUCCUCCCAUUCAUCUACACUGAUUGAAGUGGAUUUAACAAAUGACAUCAAUAAGGGAUCAUAGCUUUCACCUGGAUUCACCUGGUCAGUCUAUGUCAUGGAAAGAGCAGGUGUUCCUAAUGUUUUGUCUCGGUUUUCAUUUUAAGCAUAUUUUUUUCCUUUGCGUGUUCAAUUGCAAAGACAUUGGCUAAGAUAUCGGCGGUCACAGAGAGACUGAUAAACAGCUUGAUUAUAUGUUUAGCGUAGAUCUUCUGUGUAUAAAGUGACACAGAAGGGCAAAAAAAACAUCUAACGGCGCACUUAGCUGUUCAAGAGUGGUCUGAUGCGGUCGGUAAAUAAUGAGUGUUUUCAAGUGCAACUUUACUAACGAUGGUUUUGGAAAACCGCUCUGAGAUUUAACAAUGCUCCUACGAAGGGUCUAACGAUGAUGCCUUAAGAUGCUUUUGGGAAACCGGGCCCUGGUCUCUGUCUCAACACUUAACACUGAACCCUGGACCAGGUAGCCAGUCACAACAGCACAGGGUGGUCUGGCAGUGGAUACCUAACCUGAAGAACUCUGAGGAUGGUUCUGUUUUAUCCUGGAGCUGACCUCAUACCUAACCUGAAGAACUCUUGAGGAUGGUUCUGUUUUAUCCUGGAGCUGACCUCAUACCUAACCUGAAGAACUCUGAGGAUGGUUCUGUUUUAUCCUGGAGCUGACCUCAUACCUAACCUGAAGAACUCUGAGGAUGGUUCUGUUUUAUCCUGGAGCUGACCUCAUACCUAACCUGAAGAACUCUUGAGGAUGGUUCUGUUUUAUCCUGGAGCUGACCUCAUACCUAACCUGAAGAACUCUUGAGGAUGGUUCUGUUUUAUCCUGGAGCUGACCUCAUACCUAACCUGAAGAACUCUUGAGGAUGGUUCUGUUUUAUCCUGGAGCUGACCUCAUACCUAACCUGAAGAACUCUUGAGGAUGGUUCUGUUUUAUCCUGGAGCUGACCUCAUACCUAACCUGAAGAACUCUUGAGGAUGGUUCUGUUUUAUCCUGGAGCUGACCUCAUACCUAACCUGAAGAACUCUGAGGAUGGUUCUGUUUUAUCCUGGAGCUGACCUCAUACCUAACCUGAAGAACUCUGAGGAUGGUUCUGUUUUAUCCUGGAGCUGACCUCAUACCUAACCUGAAGAACUCUGAGGAUGGUUCUGUUUUAUCCUGGAGCUGACCUCAUACCUAACCUGAAGAACUCUGAGGAUGGUUCUGUUUUAUCCUGGAGCUGACCUCAUACCUAACCUGAAGAACUCUUGAGGAUGGUUCUGUUUUAUCCUGGAGCUGACCUCAUACCUAACCUGAAGAACUCUUGAGGAUGGUUCUGUUUUAUCCUGGAGCUGACCUCAUACCUAACCUGAAGAACUCUUGAGGAUGGUUCUGUUUUAUCCUGGAGCUGACCUCAUACCUAACCUGAAGAACUCUUGAGGAUGGUUCUGUUUUAUCCUAGAGCUGACCUCAUACCUAACCUGAAGAACUCUUGAGGAUGGUUCUGUUUUAUCCUGGAGCUGACCUCAUACCUAACCUGAAGAACUCUUGAGGAUGGUUCUGUUUUAUCCUGGAGCUGACCUCACACCUAACCUGAAGAACUCUUGAGGAUGGUUCUGUUUUAUCCUGGAGCUGACCUCACACCUAACCUGAAGAACUCUUGAGGAUGGUUCUGUUUUAUCCUGGAGCUGACCUCAUACCUAACCUGAAGAACUCUUGAGGAUGGUUCUGUUUUAUCCUGGAGCUGACCUCAUACCUAACCUGAAGAACUCUUGAGGAUGGUUCUGUUUUAUCCUGGAGCUGACCUCAUACCUAACCUGAAGAACUCUUGAGGAUGGUUCUGUUUUAUCCUGGAGCUGACCUCAUACCUAACCUGAAGAACUCUUGAGGAUGGUUCUGUUUUAUCCUGGAGCUGACCUCAUACCUAACCUGAAGAACUCUUGAGGAUGGUUCUGUUUUAUCCUGGAGCUGACCUCAUACCUAACCUGAAGAACUCUUGAAGAUGGUUCUGUUUUAUCCUGGAGCUGACCUCAUACCUAACCUGAAGAACUCUUGAGGAUGGUUCUGUUUUAUCCUGGAGCUGACCUCAUACCUAACCUGAAGAACUCUUGAAGAUGGUUCUGUUUUAUCCUGGAGCUGACCUCACACCUAACCUGAAGAACUCUUGAGGAUGGUUCUGUUUUAUCCUGGAGCUGACCUCAUACCUAACCUGAAGAACUCUUGAGGAUGGUGAUCUCAUCCUGGAGCUCCUACUGUGUGCUGGCUACCGAUGAUCCUGAGGUUAGCUUCACAGCUGGAGAUCUGCUAACUCACACAGUCAUGCAAGAGCUGGUUUAAUACACACUCGUCUGUUUUUACUUCCUUAACUCGCCGCUACACUCAUUUCAUGUUUCAAGUUUCAACUAAGUUAUGAGGGGUUUAAGUUAACCUCAGUAGUGUUUGUUGAGGAUGUAUGUCGGUGUCUUUGUUUGUAAAUUAAGCAGUUUUUCCCUUAGUGUGACAUAGUGACCACUUCCCAGUCUGCCCCUUCAAGUGUCACACAAGUGAAAGAGACGUGGAGCGAGGACUCAUUCUCUGUUGUCAUGGUUUACCGUGCCUCUUCCACCUCCACCACCACCACCGUGCCCUCCAAUCCCCGUCCUGCACCUUCCUCA